AUGGAGUCCGUACGCCAGUCGUGUCGCCCACGUCAUCAGGUCUUGACGCUGAAAUGCUUCCCCAAAUAUCAAAAAGGCGUGCCGGAGGUCAAGCCCAAUCCGAGUGAACUCUCGUACCUGCUAUACUAUGCUAGCACGCGUCGCAGCAAGCUGACCAAGGUCGGCGCUUUUCUGGAAAAGAGGGUGGCCAAGGAUGUCUGGAGGCGCCGGUUGGGAAAUGUCCAGGUUGCGCUUCACAUUUUGACCGCGCUCAUCGAAAAAGUUCCUCGCGAAUUGCCUAUUUACGCUCGCUACGUCCUCUCCGUCAUCGAUACCGUCUUGCGAUCCAACGACAUCUCUAUGGUGGAGGAUUCUAUCACGACCUUUGAGACAUUCUGCCGCCACCAGGACAUCGCGAUCAUCUCAGCAGACCAAGCCCUCGCCAACAAAUACCGUGAAGUUAUUCGAACGUAUGCCAGCUUCGCCGAUCCAUCCUCCCAAUCCUACUCUUCAGCCAAGCUCAGCCCCCCGCUCGCUAUUCGGUGGAGAAAUGCCGGGCUUCGCGCAAUCAAGGGCGUUGUCAGUUCGGAGAGUCUGGCCGCAGACGGAGGGACCUCGCUGAACAUUAUUCUUCCGGUUAUCCUCGAGAAUCUGUAUUCCCCGAAUGAAGAUGUCCUCAUCCCGCUGAAGGCAAAGCUUCGCGAGACCGACGAUGGUGUUGACCGUGAUGCAGCCCGGAUUCGACGGCUGAGCGUCGCAACGGUUGACACGGCGGAAGGCGACCCUGCAUUGGCUGCGCAGUCAACUGCUGAUGCGGACCGGCAGGCGGAAAUGGAUGCGCGACUGCUAGCUCUCCGCUGUCUGGAGCAGAUCGUUGUCUCAGGAAGUAAUCGUGGCCAAAUCCGCAUAGCAGCGACCGUGAUCUUGCGAUUCAUUGCCGAUAAGAAAUUCCCGCGUACUGCGACUCGUGACCAGUCUAGUAGAAUUAGCCAGCAAGACGGGAAUUGGGCAACAUCUCUGAUCGAGCUCAUCGCGACUUGGUGCCCAGUUCAGGUUCGUUUUGUGAUUUUGAUGACCGCCAUGGACAUCCUGCACGAUACACCCCCGAAGGAAGAUGCGUUGGAGUCCUCGUUCACUAUCCUAUCGGUUGUGGACUGGCUCUUGAAAUCGCCGGUCAACAUGAUCGGUCUAAGCGUGAUGGAUAUUUUGCUCGGCCUUAUGCGGUACAUUUCGGAUCUUUUGUCGCCUACCGACGGUGCAAACGGCGAUGCUGAAAAGAACGCGGACCCAACUGCCCAUAGCGCGGUGUUCAUCUCGCCCCGGAGACGUGCUCUUCUUUCCCUUCUGGAGCAGUGCAUUGGAAACCUGGCGACCCACAACUACUAUGGCGAUCAAGUCGCUGACAUGAUGCGCGCUAUUCUUCGUCGUUUCAAGCCCGCCCCUAACUACGAGAGUGCUGCUCAAUCUUCAUUGGCCACGGUUCAUGAAACCCGAGCAGUCUCGAUGGCCCAGCCAAACUCUGAAAACGAACAGAUCAACGGAGAGAAGACGCAAGGCGAGACAUUCUCUCACGCCGCUGCCAAGUUGACUGCGCUUAGAGCCGUCAAGGCUAUCCUCGUUGUGGCAAAUCUCAGGGUGCCGCCAUCUAUCAAGGGCUCAGAAGCGAGGAAUCAGGUUGGCAUCCACGUCUGGGAAGGGACGCAAGGUCUUCUCCGGGACUCUGAUCAGGAGGUUCGUCACGCUUAUGCAGACGCCUUCUUGUCCUGGCUGCAACUGGAAACGAAUAAGCAGGACCUCAAGGUCCGACUGGACACCCCCAAAUAUGUGAAGCCAGCAUCGAAACGCGACCCUGAGGCACUGGAGAAGACGUCUAGCAGACGGAGUACCUCGGCUCCUGGAAACCAACGAGAGAAAGCGGCUUUGGCUGCGCAGACCAGUUUCCUUCGCCUGUUGCACCUGGAUAUCUAUGAUGCUGCUCUCGACCAGCCUGGGGUGGGGUCCGAAGUGCUUGUUCUGCACCUUCUUCUGGCAAGUCUCGUUGAAAACCUUGGUGUGAAUGCAGCCCAGUUUGGACUUCCCAUGGUCUUGAAGUUGCAAGAAGAUCUGUUCACCUCGGUUGACUUGGGAUCCUUUGCGGCCCGUGUCAACGUUGGAAGCUUGGUUCAUGGAUAUCUUUUGGCUCUUGCGGAAAAGUUUAACCUCGAAUCCACCCACGCUGGAGUCGAGAUCCGCAACGAGAUUGAAAAGCGGCAGACUAAGGGGCAAUGGUUCUCUAAGAUCAAGUUGCCUCCAACUUGCCUCGAUGGCAUUGCUGUGGACGAGAAGGUCCUAGAUGACGACUCAAACCAGUCAAUCACGCUCACUCCCUUCCGAAACGUCGACGGCUUGGUCAACGGCAUCGAUGAGGCGUAUCGUCAGACCAUCUCAUCCCCGCCACAAAGCCCGCAAACUUCCCCGGCUCGUGGUUUCAACUUCCCGGUUCUGAACCAUGCCCAGGCAGCACAGCAAUCGCAGCCAGAGAGUGGACUUCCAUCGCCUGUCAAGGAGCAAAUGCUGUCCUCGUGGUCUCGCGAGUCGUGCUUGGCUGCCAUCGAGAAAGAGAGCAUUAGGACUGCCUCUAUUAGCGGCUCCCGUGGCAACACCAUGACUCGUAACAGCCAUUUCAACGGCAUAACGAACGGCUCGCCCGUUGGCUCAGCCAUUGAUAAGAACCGCCCAACAAGUGUUCCAGACAUCUCGUAUACUCCGGAGCAGAGUUCGGGCAGGGGAUCUCCAGUCCGCGUCACCGAGCUGCGCCGGGUCCUCUCUGUCAAUACCGAGUCUAAUCUUCGGCGACGCAGCCCCCUACGUGGUCAAGUUGAUGCAUCGAACAUCAGCGUCAUUUCUUCUGGAAGCGAGAGCAUGGUCAGCGGUGCUUAUUCUGUCUCGGAGAUGGAACCGGAUGCAGUGUCGACCCUGGAAGAGGAAGGUCAACAGACACCCGAAGACACCGGAACCGAGACCCCUCGCGCAAAUGCAUCGUCUGUGGCUCUUUCAUCAACCGAUCAAGGCCAGGGUUCAACGCUGAGCCAGACGGACUCUUACGAGAUCCCGCCCGUUCCCCCAAUCCCCGCUGGAUUGUCUAUUCCUGGCGGCUUCCCCAAUGACUCGCAGCGGUCCUUGGUCUCUGAUCGCCCAUCCACGGCACCAGAUAACUCUCGACAGACGAUCAAGAGUGCCACAAAGUCAGAGUCAUCUCAAAACCUUCGAAAUGGAAAGGCUCUGAAUCGUAAUAAGAGUCGCUCCAGCAAUAAUCUUGCUUAUGGAUUCUCUGAUGGGUUCUACAAUGCCGAGUCCAACGAUUCUGAGUCUCCUCUCGAUAAUACCCAACGGGAUGAACUGAGGAAACUCCUCGAUGGAUUCCUCUCUCCCGAGGAUAGCGUUCUCACCAAUGGAGACCGCCCAUCCACCGCGGUGCCGACAUCAAAGAACUCCCUUGCCGAAGGUUACUCGAGCAGGCGACAAGUCAGCGGUGGUGGCCUCGGCCGGCCUCCAUACUAG